AAUUUACAAAAAUAAAAUCAAGUUUGUAGUAGGUUAUCCAUUUGUUUUGGAUCAGAUCUUACUUAUAUAUAAAAGUCAUUUAAAAUAAAUAAUUGUACAAGUAUUUAUGCAUUAAAAUAUACUGUAUAUUGGACUGAUGAACAAUGUGGUCUAUUCUAUACAGACGAGUGUUAUUUACGUCGAAAAAUAAGCUUUUACGAAAUCUAACAACUGAUGUUCCUAGAGUUAGAUUUGCACCAAGUCCAACUGGUUAUUUACAUUUAGGUGGUUUAAGGACAGCUCUGUACAAUUAUCUGUUUGCUAAAUCCCGAGGCGGGGUAUUUAUAUUACGGAUAGAAGAUACUGACCAGAGUCGCAAAGUCGAGGGGUCGAUACAGGCUCUAAUAGAGGAUUUAGACUGGUCAGGUAUCGAGUGUAAUGAAGGUCCAAAUAGGGGAGGUAAAUAUGGCCCAUAUGUACAAAGUGAGCGCUUACAUAUAUACCAGCAAUACAUUCAGAAGCUAUUAGAUAAUGGUUCAGCAUACAAAUGCUUCUGCACCGAACGCAGAUUAAAUAUAUUAAAAAGAGAUGCUAUAAGGCAUCAGAGAAUACCAAGAUAUGACAAUAAAUGUAGAAGUCUUUCUGAUGAUGUUAUAAAAGAGAAGAUGGGAGCUGGAAUCCCUUAUUGUAUUAGAUUUAAGCUGUCAUCUGACUGCCAAGCUUUCGAGGACAUGGUUUUCGGUGGUAUAGCGUAUGACGUGUCUAUGAACGAGGGCGACCCAGUGCUUAUGAAAAGUGAUGGCUUCCCAACGUACCACUUUGCGAAUGUUGUGGACGACCACCUGAUGGGCAUAACGCAUGUUCUACGAGGUGUGGAAUGGCAGAUAUCGACUACAAAGCAUUUGUUAAUAUACAGGGCAUUUGGUUGGUCUCCGCCACAGUUCGGUCACUUGCCACUCAUCGUAAAUGCAGAUGGAACCAAACUCAGCAAGCGACAGAGCGAUGUCAGAGUAGAUGAUUAUAGGAAGAAAGGUAUAUAUCCGCUUGCUCUAGUGAACUAUAUAACAUUGUCUGGCGGUGGGUUUGACCACGUGGCCGGGGAAGGAGUUAGGCUCAAAACUUUGGACGAAUUAGCUGCUGAGUUCCAGACGCAAAAAAUAUCAUCCCACCCAAGUCGUUUGAACCCAAACCUUCUCGAAGAAUGUAACAGACUGGAAAUCAAACGUCAGUUAAAAGACGAAAAUCUUACCAAAGAAUUAGUUGGAAAACUGCAAGGGCUGAUAAAAGAAAGGUUCUAUGACCAGAACUUGCAUAUAUCAGAGACCCAUAUUAGAAGCGUUUUGUUCUGGGCCACAUCCAGAAUAACAAGGGUGGAGGAUUUGGUAUCGAAUAAAUUCGCUUUUCUUUGGGUUCUGCCGCAUAAUAAAACUGAAAUAGAUUCACAGCUGUUCGGUAAAUUGAUACAGAAUUUGGAGGAUUUGGAAGAUUUUAAAGAGGAUUCGAUAAAAGCGAAUCUAAGGGAAUUUUCUUUGACGAAUAAGAUAAAGUUUCCCGCGUUAAUGAAAAUGUUGAGAUCCGUUUUGAGCGGGCUGAGCGAAGGACCGGGUGUAGCGGAAAUGAUGCAGUUGUUAGGUAAACGACAGUCGUUAGAUAGAAUAAAGGCAGUUUUGAGAUAA